CAGCGAGAGGCAGCGACACACCCUGCAGUCGGCGCCGCGGCCGGAGCCCGGAUUGCCCUAACCCGCCAAACCGCUCAAAACCCGAAAUCAAAAUUCCCCAUCUCGCCUCGGCUAGGCGAAUCCGCAAACACAGCUCUGUCUAUGGCGUCCUCCGUUCCCGUGGUCGACAUCCUCGACGACGACGACGACGACAACACCUGCCUCGGCAUCGCCUCCCCUGCCUCGUGCAAGCGGUCCCUCGGAUCCUCCGGAACCUCUUCCCGCGAUUUCCUCGACGCGUUCUCGCCGUCCCCGCCCCUGCGAAAGCGGCCUCCCCUCGCGGCGGUGGCCCCCAUCAACCUCGACGACACCCCGUCUCCGCCUAAGCGGCGGCGCUCCUCGGUCUCCAUCAACCUCGACGACACCCCGUCACCGCCAAAGCCGCGGCUCUCCUCGGUGCCCAAGCAGCCGGUCGGGGUGGACGACGACGUGGCGCUCUCACCCACUGGUGAUGUUGUUGCCGACAGGCCCGAUUCUAUCUUUUACUGGGCCGCUUUCUCCGAGUCACCAGAGACGGUUGUGCCCACUUCUGACGGCCUCGGCAGUCUUGCUGCUGAGACUCCGGGCUUCGCCUCCCCGGACUCGGUUAGGCCACCUGCUGCCCCUGACAUGUCAAUGUCAUCUGCUCCGCCGGCACAAAAAGGAUCUGGAGUUACCUCUCUGAUAUCACUUGAUAGUGACAAUGAGUCAGAUGAUGACAUCAUGAACAUGGAGCCUUUGACCAAUUUGCCAAACAAUAAGGAAGCGAUGAUGUGCCAAAAGGACGGUACCGAGCAGGUUCAUGAGAAGCAGAAAAGACAACCGGCAGGGAAGAAACUGACGAAGGAGGAGAAAGACAAGCUGAUGCAAGAAAGAAAACAAAAACGGCAGGAAGAUAAACUACUGAAGCAAGCCUUGAAAGAUGAACUAGCUAAGAAGAAGAAAAUGGAAAAAGCAAUUCAGAAAUGGGAAUCAGGAAAAUUUGCUUUAGAAUGUAUAACUGUUGAGAUUGACAACAGUGUUAUCCAAAGGGGCUCUAUUGGAGGUCCUCUUCUUUCAAGUUUGACAGAGAAUGGUCUUUCCUAUGAACCUACCAAGAAUAGAAUCAGCGGUUCAAUUUUAUGGAAGUUGGAUGUUCCUGAUGAUAUUGCUCAGGCGUUUUCCGACCUUAACAAUAGCUGUGAUAUGAACCAAAAUCCAUUGUCACAAGUGAAAUAUGUAGCAAUUGUGCUUGAAGCUGAGGAAUUUUGUAACCUUAUAAGCAAUGGAUCGUUCUUUGAUCAUGUCCAAAGAGUUUGUGAUGGAUACCCAGGAUUCACCAUUUGCUACAUCAUUAAUAAAUUGAUGAACUACAUCAACAAAUGUGAGCAAAGUCAAUACAAGAACCCUUCAAAUACUUGGAGACGUCCGCCAGUGGAAGAGGUUUUAUGCAAACUGGCAACACACUAUAUUAACGUUCACUCAAGGCAAUGCAUAGAUGAAGCUGAAGUAGUAGAGCACCUUGUUGGCCUGACGUCUAGUCUUGCAAAAUGCAAAUUCAGGAAACCACUGACAUGGUUAUCUGUGCAAGCUAACGGUGCAGUUAUCCCGAAAGGUUUUGUUCAUAAGGACCUGGCGAAGAAAGACACCUGGUUAAAAGCUUUAAUAGCGAUCCCUGACAUCCAGCCAAGAUAUGCUUUUGCAAUCUGGAAGAAGUAUCCCUGCAUGAGAUCCCUUCUAAAUGAAUAUAUGGAUGGCAGUAAAACCGUUGCCGAGAAGGAACUUCUGCUUAGCGACUUGAAGUGGGAAGAUCGACUGGGUGACGAAGGCAAAAGGCUGGGGAACAAAUGCUCUAGAAGGGUGUACAGAAUGCUCAUGGCACAGAAUGGAGACCUGGAUGCAGAUGACCCCGAAGCUGGCGGUAGAUCUUAGUGCCUAAUCAUCUGGACCUUGGGCCAUCAAUAUAUGCAUGCCCGCCCUCUUGCUGACCGGUUUGUGUACAUAUCGUCCUUUUGACCAUGCUUGCACUGUCAGUGUCAUGGUGAAAGAGUCGCGCAUUAGCUCGUGCGAUGUUUGGUGCCGAAAGCAUGGCCUGCAAUGCUACACACGAUGGCACAUGGUGUGUGUGUUUUAUUUAUUAGGUACCUGUGAAAAGCAUUUGGUCGAAGUCGAAUGCUAGGAAACUGGGCAUUCGUUGUGCGUAGCUAGCUUACUGCCUCUAUAGAGCCCCCCAACAGGCUACUCCAACUUUUGAGAACCUAUAAUAUAUUAUACUAGUAGUUCAGAAAGGCA